AUGAAGCUGGGGGCCACCUGCCUCCUCUGCCUGCUGCUCGCCUGCCUGACCCUGCCAGUCACCCACGGCUGCAUUCGUGAGCGCUCCAUGGAAAUCAGGAACCCAGACAUCGACCCCUCCUGGUACACGGGCCGUGGGAUCAGGCCAGUGGGGAGGUUCGGGAGGCAACAAGCCCUGGGCAAGGGUUCCUCUGGCAGGGGGGGCAGCUGGCGGGCAGCUUGUGUGCCCCCCCACCCACAGGCCUCCCGGCUGCAGCGCAGUCCCUGA